AUGGUCUCUCAACAAACUACCGACAAGGUUCAACAAUUGAUUAAAACUAAGCCAGUUUUUAUCGCGUCAAAGGUAUGUACUUCGGAUGGACAAGAAACGCCACCCAUCGAUAGAUAAAAUCAUACGGGAACUGAACAUAGAUUACUAACAUUAAUUAGUCUUACUGUCCAUACUGUGCUAAGACUAAGAAUACCUUUUCGUCCAUCACCAAGGAUGCUUACAUCAUUGAAUUAGAUGAAAUGGAAGAUGGUAGUGAAAUCCAGGAAGCUUUAUACGAAUUAACUGGACAAAAGACCGUUCCAAAUGUUUUCAUUGGAGGUGAACACAUUGGUGGUAACUCCGAUGUUCAAGAAUUGAGUUCUGGUGAUAAAUUGGAAAGCAAGGUCAAGGCUGUCUUAUAA